AAUCUCACAAAAAUUUAAACAUUCAAAAAUUCGACAAAAACAGUCAGAUAUUUUCCACAUUUUCCGUGCAGGGGUAGGCAAUUCUUGGUCUCUACAGAAAACGUUUAGAAAAACUAAGACGAAAAAGACGAAAACAAAACCUUUUUUUUGCCGUUUUUUUUCACACCUGUCUUUUGGGAAACCAGAUUUGCCUGCCCCUGCACUGGGGAAUAAGGCCUCAUCCGUGAGCGGGCUCCAACGUCGGACCAUGGAGGACCCAAUUUUCACCAUCUCGUUGAAGCCACUUCUAUUUCCCGAAAGCUUCACCAAUAGCUUCCGCGGACGACCUUUAAGCCUCCACUUUGUCUUUAACAUCCGAAAAGAUUCAGACGACCAGGAAUUGAUACUAACCGUUGUGAGACGUGGACAGACAAGUGAAGGACACCGUCAAGACGAUGCUGAAAGAACAACCCUCAUUUAUAAAUUUAAAUCGAAUUGUAAGGUAUUUCGAAAAAUGCAAAGUCAACAUAUGAUUGGUAGUUUUUUCCCUGAAAGACAUGAAAAAAAAGAAUUCGAGGUUCCCAAACCAGAGUAUAGUGAAAAAGAUAGUCCUGAUUUAAAUUGUCACACAGAAGAAAAGAUCAUACAACUAAUCACUGAUUAUCUGUUAAACUAUUUUUGUAACGAAAAGCCUAAAGGAAUUAUCGUUUUAUAUUCAACAAACAGCCCAUGUAUAAAAAGGAAAAACUAUACAAAAGUUUCUUGUAUGUUCCAGCUUUUAGUUAAAGCCAAGGAAUGGAAUAAUAUAUUUGGAAUACAUACAAAGUUUUAUUUCACAAAAUAUUGGGGACCUAUUAAAACAGAUUGUUCUGAAGUUAUUCGAAGUAUUCCUGAUCGAUUCGCCGAACUAAACAGUAAAUUUCAUAUCAAGCUGAGCCUUGCAGAACAAAAGGAAUUGUAUAUAACAGAUUUGUUUUCCAUGGUUCCAGAUAAAAAAGAUAGGAACACCGUAAAAAUGGAAUAUAAUAGCAUAAUUAAGGAGCUUAGAGAUAUGGUUAAUGAAAAAAAAUCAUUGAACUUUAAUCAACAUUUGGAUGAGGUAAAGAAAGUGAUUGUAAAGAACACAUGCAACCCAAAAUUGAUAGAUAAGUUUUUGGAUAAUUGGCAGAAGGAGUUAAAGAAGCAGGAAAAGGAAAGUAUUGCUGAAAAAUUUACACAAUUACUGAACUCUAUAAUAGUAAAAUCAUUUAUACAAAAUAUAGACCUUAUUUUAGGGGAGAGUAGUCCUAUAAAGUUUAAGCUCAUCCCGAAGACUGUUUUUAGAGUUCUUCAUAAGAUGAAAGACAUAUAUAUAAGAGUGAGAUCUUGCUUGCGUAUUUUUUAAAUUUGUUCUUUUUAAAUUUGUAAUAAAUUCCCCAUCAAUUGUUUUUUCCUGGAUCUUUGUUGUCUACUCUUAUCUUUAAUAAAACCAAUUCAAUUGAG